ACAUCUCAACUAGAACGGGAGAAACAUCAAAACUCUUGCCUUUAACAAAUCUGCCUGAGAUAGAUUUAAAAAAAAAAAUCCUAUAUAUUAAUUUUUAAAAAGAGAGACACGAUUCAAAUCAGAUUCGUUAAUUAAUCGAGAGGUGGUUCGAACGCAUCGUGUUUGGAUCUGAGCUCCGUUUUUGCAGCAGACAGGAUGAAAACCAAAUUCAUCAACGGCGUUUCUUCGUCCCCGUCCCUGUCCCUGGGCCUCCUGGUGACGGAGAGCGUGCUGGAGGUGCAGGCCGACGCGCACGAGGAGGACGGCAAGGAGCAGCUGCUCCGCCCGGAGGAGGUCGACGAGGAGACCCGCAGGAGCGCCUUCAUGUGGUGCCGGGAGUUCCUGCACGGAGCCUGGAAAGACCUGACCGAGGACCGCUUCCACAUCACCGUCAUACGUGGCGGUCUGAGCAACAAACUGUUCCUGUGCAGCCUCCCUGACGGCCUCGCCGUUCUCGGGGACGAGCCGAGGAGCGUCCUGCUGCGUCUCUAUGGCGCCAUUCUGCAGAUGUCCUGUAAUAAAGGAGAUUCCCGACAGUCAAACAAAGAAAAUCACUUCCAAGGGGCAGAAGCCAUGGUCCUGGAGAGCGUGAUGUUUGCUAUUUUGGCAGAGAGAGAGUUGGGGCCGAAACUCUAUGGUAUCUUCCCUCAGGGCCGGCUGGAGCAGUACGUCCCUAGCCGUAAACUGGAUACCUGCGAGUUAAGUGACCCAAGUAUCUCAGUGGAGGUUGCAGAGAAGAUGGCCAAGUUCCAUGGAAUGAGGAUGCCCUUCAAUAAAGAACCAAAGUGGCUGUUUGGAACCAUGGAAAAGUACCUGAGCCAAGUCCUGAGGUUGAACUUCACCAGAGAGUCCCACCUGCGGUGCUUCAACCGUCUGCUCAGCCACAACCUGCCGCAUGAGAUGGAUACACUCAAGUCUCUGCUGGAGUCCACAAACUCUCCUGUCGUUUUCUGCCACAAUGACUGUCAAGAAGGUAACAUCCUGCUGCUGAACAAGCGCCAGAGUUCAGACCAACAGAAGCUGAUGCUGAUCGACUUCGAAUACAGCAGCUACAACUACAGGGGAUUUGACAUCGGCAACCAUUUCUGUGAAUGGAUGUACGACUACACCUGUGAGGAGUUUCCUUUCUUCAAAGUCGAUGCCGACGCAUAUCCCACGAAGGCUCAGCAGCUUCGGUUCAUUGAGGCCUAUCUGCAUGAGGCUCACGGAGAAUUUGACAGCCUCAGUGACGUGGACCAAACAAGAUUAAAGGAGGAUAUUUACGUGGAGGUCAACAGGUUCUCCCUGGCGUCUCACUUCUUUUGCUUGUGGUCCAUCAUCCAGGCUCGGCUGUCAACCAUUAAGUUUGGAUACCUGGAGUAUGCCAUGGCCAGAUUUGAUGCCUACUUCCAGCAGAAGAAGCUGUGGAGAGUCUAAAGGAGCGAGACGCGCUGAGUGGACUAACAUUCAGCCAAGCGGCAGGAAGGGUACAAACACACUGACAAGAUUCUACUGCCCCGUUCCACCUACAUUCCCCGCCUUGAGAGGACUUACUGACUCAUUCUGGU